ACCGCCGUUGUCGUUGCUGACAUUUUCGACCUUGAAACACGUCGCGAUAUCGCCGCCUUGUUUCUCACUGGUCUAUUCGAGUCUUGCACGCGCCUACCUUCGAACGUACACGACCAAGCUCGUGUCAAAGUGUCUAAAAACUGCUCAGACCGGGCAGUGGCAAUAUCUAAGCCGCUCCUGACUCCAUACCUCGGCACAAUCAAGCUGUUUGUUGUUUAACAACCCGUCUGUGACGCCAUGCCUACAGACGAUCCUUCCAAGCAGCCUGAUAAGUGCCCCAUUCUUCCAUGGCCCCUCCCUUCUCUCCAAACAGCCGCAUCACCACUUCGCACAUCAGAACUCUGAAUUAUCCAUCAAAUCCCGACCCGAUGAAUACUAAUUCUCUUCCUUUCCUUUCUCCACACCCACACCAAGGAUACAGCGCUGAUCCACAACUUUCGGACCCUCGUGCAGUGCCACCCACCCCCUACACUAAUCCGAACUUCGCUGGCGUUCAAGUCGUGCCACAAGGAACAUGGUUCACGUCUUCACAAUCCCGCAGUGAAGCUUCCAGCUCAACUUUCAGCCCUUCCAUCAAUUUUCUCCCAGAAGACACGCAUGAGAGCGCCUCGCCCGCGUCAGACGGGGCCCCCUCUAACGCCUCUCUAGACUCCCGCACAGAGACCAACGGUCCAGCUGAGUCCUCGUCAGGGUUUGCGUUCAUCGCUCUUCCCAAUGCAGAUCCACCCAAGAAACGGCCCCGGCGUAAAUUUGAAGAAAUUGACAGAGUUUACCCGUGUAAUUGGGCGGGGUGUGCCAAGGCGUAUGGGACAUUGAAUCAUCUUAACCAACACAUUCAGGUUCAUGGGCACGGGCCAAAACGAACUCCAAGAGAAUUCAAGGAUCUCAAGAGAACGCAAAGAAGCAUGUCACGCACGCCAUCAAAUCCCGAAUUUCGUGGCACAUCAUCUGUUCCUGCCAUUCCUCCGAAUGCCACAAUGCCAGGACCUUCGCGUUCGGCGCAUCCCACAGGCCCAGAAAUGGAUCUCUAUCGCCCCUCACAUCGCGACCUCCCUUCUAUCGAAAUCCCUGCCCCCUUCCCAUCUGGUUCCGGCGUCCAGUCAGCAGUGGAGCCUUCCAACCGCUCUCAGCAGUACUACUCGUCUCAAGGAGCCCCAUCGUCUGCCCCUGUCGAACAUCGUUCCCCCUACGAUCGGCGCGGGCACGCGCCACCAAACGUUUCAGGUCCGAGGCAUCCGUAUGAGCACAAUCAGUCGUUGCAACCGAAUAUUCAUGUCGAUGAAACGAGUCAUCCUUUCCAGCCUUUAACGGCACUCCAUCCACGCCCUGAUUUCCAUCGAGUGGGAAGAGGUUCGACGUCUCAAGAAACACACGGAUACCGCGACGAGAAUCUCUCUCGCGUGCAUGCAGCUCAGAACCCGAUUCCUGUUUCUUAUCAAGUCAGUCCCCAGGAAUUGUGGCCUCGACCACUUCAGCAGCAAGAAACUACGCGAGGCAUGCACCGGCCAUCUCACGCAGAUCAGCGGGCCACUCACUAUCCUCUUAUGGAAGUUCAUGGUAGCGUGCCCCACCAGGUCCAUGGCUAUGGUCAAUCGGCGCCUAAUGAUGCUGCGCACCAGCGCUAUGGCUAUCCUUCUCCCCACCCCUCACUACCGUAUGACGGCGUGUCUCCCGUUCCGUCACUUGCUCCGCCACAGGCGUCUGGCCCAAACCAGUACAGCCAUACAUCUCAGGAGUUCCAAUACCCAAUGGACAGCCGGCACGCGUCCAUGGAUCUAUGGCCUCAGCCGCGGUUGGCCCAAGGUCCUAGUUCGUCCUCGCCAACGCCCGGAGCAUCAUCUAGAACGGGACACUUUGACCCUAAGAGCACUCUCCUUACACCAUUUCGUCAGAGAGAUCGACAACCACCUCCUUAAUUACCCCCUUUGGUUUGUUGUGCAUGUUGCAUUUCACCCAUUCGUAACCGGCGGAUGGUAUGAGCUCUCCCGCGGAACUGCGUCCCAACGGUUUGAUACCUUGUUUCAUCUUUGGUUCUGUCGGACUGCCAAACACCUUUCUGUUUUUGAUCCAGUGUUUUCGUUCUCUUAAUGCCAUCCAGCUUAUACCCAUGUAUUUGUCUGAUUUCCCAGUGUGGCCAAGAAAUGUUCGAUGUUCGCGAUUGGUGCAUCUUUCCAUAUUAAUUUGUGAGCUUAUGCCCGAGGCUCUCAUGGACGUCUGUCUCAUUGUGCUGAGACUAUUUUCUUACGUGCUUUUGCAAUAUGUCACUCGAUACCACGGCGAUAUGAAAACCCCACCUUGGGAAAAUGCCGUUGA